UGCCGUCUUAUCAGUUUCUAUCGUGAAUUUUACUCGGCUGUUUACAAAACAUUGCGGGGAUCAUCAGCUCAUACGUCCGUACUCCGGGGCGAAGCUUGUGCGACGUUUCCUCGGAUCGCAAGCGGUUUUUUCUUCUUCUAUCCGGAUGAGAGGAGCUCUACCGCAUUUUUGUUGCUGCAACGUGGACUUAAACCUCUGUCGCUCCACGGGAGACGGGAGAGGCGUACUAUCGGAAUAAAAUUACUGUCCUCGACCAAAACAGAAGACGAAGAACGCGUCCGUGGUCGGCCUGUGGCGGAUACCCUCAAAGGAAUGCUGCUGUCCAAGCUCAACUCUCUGGCCCACAUCUCCACCGUAGACAUGCCGGCGAAAAUCCAGCUCCAAGUUCAUCAAGUGAAGGAGAGGGAGCCUUUCGAGAAGCUCUACCAGGUCGGCGCCGUGCUGGGCAGCGGCGGCUUCGGCACCGUCUACUCCGGUACGAGGGUAGCCGACGGAGCCCCGGUUGCUGUCAAGCAUGUGGCCAAGGACAGAAUCUCCGAGUGGGGAGAGCUGCCCAAUGGCUCCCGGGUCCCGAUGGAGAUCGUGCUGUUGAAGAAGGUCGGGACGGGUUUCCGCGGCGUCAUCAAGAUGCUGGACUGGUUCGAGCGGCCGGACAGCUUCAUCAUUGUGAUGGAGAGACCCGAAAACGUCAAGGACCUGUUUGACUUUAUCACGGAGAAAGGUGCCUUAUCGGAGGAGCUGGCGCGGACCUUCUUCCGCCAGGUGCUGGAGGCCGUGCGGCACUGCCACAGCUGCGGCGUGGUGCACCGGGACAUCAAAGAUGAGAACAUCCUCAUCGACCUCCGCACCGGAGAGAUGAAGCUAAUCGACUUCGGUUCCGGAGCCCUGCUGAAAGACACCAUAUACACAGACUUUGAUGGCACUAGGGUGUACAGCCCACCAGAGUGGAUCAAAUAUCAUCGCUAUAAUGGACGCUCUGCCACAGUUUGGUCCCUGGGUGUCUUGCUGUAUGAUAUGGUGUGUGGGGACAUCCCAUUUGAACACGACGAGGAGAUCACAAAAGGGCAGGUCCUCUUCCGGAGGAGAAUUUCCACAGAAUGCCAGCAGCUGAUCAAGUGGUGUCUGUCUCUGCGGCCGGCUGACCGUCCAUCCUUUGAGGACAUCAUCAACCACUCGUGGAUGCAGAGCACAUCCUCCUCCGUGGUCCCAUCCACCGUUCAGACAGAGAAGACGACCGCAGAGAUCCGGCUGCACAGCAUCAGCCACGAGCCCACAGCCUUCAUGCCCACCCCUGUGGGCGUGGCUCGGUGAUGGAGGCUCGCUCCGGGCUGCUCUGGCCCGAACUGGAGACUAUUACAGAGGACUUAUGUAACAGACUUGAAGCAGAGAGGUGGGGUGGGCUGUGCACCAGGUGCACACACAGGCAAGAGCAAGGUGUAAAGGACUAUACAAAGAGGAGGUCGGCAUCAUGACAAAGCCGCCACCCUUUGAAUGCAUCCUGACAAGCCACACCCUCUCCACCCCAACUACUUGAUUUUCCCGGCUGUCGACCCUCAUCAGCGUCAGAACAUCAUCCUCUCUGGACUCUGAUCUAGGCAGCGGGUGUUUAUCAGUCUGUAGGAGGGUUUGCUCUGUAUCUCCGUUAAGCAAAUACAGUACAUGUGCUGGCUGUUCUGCUGAAUGGCAAGCGGACAGCGCAUAACAGAGUUAUGUAACCUCUCGCUACACUGUGCUCUCCUCUCCCUCUAUUCUCUGUCACUGAAGAGUAGGAAGAGCAGAAGCGUUGGCGUAGGGGGAGGGGUUUCAAAAAGUGCCUUCUGUGAGAUUGCUGGGGGACCCUGAAAAUACUUGAAUUUGUGGAAGCAAAAAGGCUCCUGUUCUCGACAACCUUUUUGCUCCUUACUCUGUACAAGGCUUUAUAUUGUUUAUCGCUGUUUUUCUUUUCCUCUCAUGGGCCUAGAUCAGUAAAGCCUAUGCCAUUUACAACCACUACUAUCACUACUUCUACUACUCCAAUGUCAUUAGCAACCAGUCAACCUCAUCGCUCCGGCAGCAGCCCGUGCAAACAGAUCAUAAAAAAGAAACACUGGACUUACCUCACUCUCUUUACUACAGCAUCCACCUCUAAUCUACAACCUCCACUUCCUCCUCUUCUCGUGUUGUACUGUAUACAAACACGAGGCUUAGGCGACCACUCGUUCACAUCCACCUGAAUGCACACCACAAUGCAAACUGAACCAUACCGAAAUACAACAUCCUCUGCUCUUCGCUUUGAUUUUUUUUUUAAUGUUUAAACAGUGCCUCACACAGGUCUUAAAAUUCGGUGGAGACAAGAAUUGUAAAUAAUAAUGAUAUUUAUUAUUGCUGUGACUUCUUUCUCACACUCAAUGAGCGCAGAAUUUAUUUAUUUAUUUAUGAGAGAAUUUGGGCUGUAUGUGCUUCAUUCCACAGUCAGUGAAGGGCCAACAGAUUAUUUAAAGACAAACAAAGACGAGAUGAAUUUUUUGACCAUAUUUAUGGCUUGAAAUUUUAAAAGAGCAGACGUGUGUGUGUGUAUGUUUGUGUAUGUCGUGUAAAUAACGUUGUAAAUAGUCCCGAAAGCACUUCCAUCUUAAUGUAUCUAAACAUUGAACGUCUACUGAUGGUAACUGGUUCUGUUACGCUGUCGUCUGCUGUGUGAGCAAGUGAGUGUGUGUGUGUGAGUGUGUGUAUGAAUGUCUUUGUGUGUGUGAGAGAGAAAGGAUGAGGAAACUUCUGGUGUCAUGACUGCAGCUUGGAUUGUUGUUUUUUUCAUCCAUUCAAAUUAGAAUUGUAAAUUAUGCUAGAAACUAUUUUUAUACAAUUUCAAUAAAUAUUUUUUUUAACUAUGA